AAGCCGUACGUAACUACUGAAAAAGGCCUUGACGAAACCCACCCCAAGAUUAUAACUGUGCAAACGCACUCAUUCAGUUUUUACCCCUUUGGCCCCCCUUCACUUUCACUGCAGCAUCACCAUCGAUCGCAACCAUGGAAGACUCUGGUAACCACCACCACCACAGCGACGACCACGAUCACAACCACCACCCCUCGUCCUCCUCCCCUCCAACCAGCGGCACCUGCUGCAAGUGCGGCGGCCCCACCACCUUCGCCCCCCCUCCCCAAACCCCCACCUUCACCUCCCCUCCCCCAACCUACCGCCCCAUCCGCGCCCCCGCCAUCCCCCCGGACCCCAACUCCACCCGCGCCAUCAUCCUCGCCCCGGUCCCACAAUCCCAAAAAGUUCCCAUUUUGCCCCCGCCGCACCACUUCAUAGCCCCCGCCAAACGCAUCCACUCCCCCGACGACAUCGUCCGCUUCCACUCCUCCGACUCCAGCAAGAAUUUCCUCGGCUUCGUCGUCGCCCUCUCCGAAUCCAUCCGCGCCAAAAAAAUCUCCGACCCCUGCCACGUGUCCCCUGCCACAACCUCCCUCCUCUCCAUCCUCCAAACCCUAACCCUAAUCGCCGACCAGACCCCCCCGCUCCCCCAAUCCGCGCGCUACGGCAACGUCUCAUACCGCACCUGGCACGAGAAGAUGUCCAAUUCCGCCGAAUCCCUCAUCCAAACCCUCCUCCCGGAGAAUCUCCACCCCGCCACGGUCGAACUCGCCCCCUACUUCGCCGAUUCCUUCGGAAACUCGAGCCGCAUCGACUACGGCACCGGCCACGAGACGAAUUUCGCGGCGUGGCUCUACUGCCUCGCCCGGCUCGGGGUCAUUGGAGAGGAGGACUACCCCGCCGUCGUGGCCAGGGUGUUUGUGAAGUACCUUGACCUCAUGAGGAAGCUGCAAUUACAGUACUGCUUGGAGCCUGCUGGGUCCCAUGGUGUGUGGGGGCUUGAUGAUUAUCAUUUUUUGCCCUUCAUAUUUGGGUCUUCGCAGUUGAUUGAUCACAAGUAUAUGAAGCCCAAGUCCAUUCACAAUGAGGAUAUUUUGGAGAAUUUCUCUAAUGAGUAUUUGUACCUUGCUUGCAUUGCCUUUGUCAAGAAGGUGAAGAAAGGGGUGUUUGCUGAGCAUUCACCCAUGUUGGAUGAUAUCAGUGGGGUGCCCAAUUGGAACAAGGUGAACACUGGGUUGCUUAAAAUGUAUAAGGCUGAGGUCUUGGAGAAGGUCCCCAUCAUGCAGCACUUUCUUUUCGGGUCGAUUAUUAAGUGGGAAUAGUGCUUGGAGUCUUCUGCCGGUUUUCCUAUGAGGACGAGCUAUAUAAACCAGGCUGAUGAAAUCGAGAGAAUAGGGAGUCUUCGGAGUGGAAUUAUAUCCAUGACAGCCUUUUUUUCAUCAUUCUUUUGAUAUACUUACUAUAUCCACUUGCUUAUUCUAAGAUAAUACGCCUUUAGUAAAGAUAAUGGAACGAAUUUCUUCGUUUUGCCAUAUGACUAACGAGAAUGUUUGCUGCAUGUAGAAGUUCUACUGCUAUACUUGCAAGAACAUCUAGUCGAUGUAUUCUUGCACUGCUAGUUUCUGGCUCAUACAUUAUGAUUUAUGAGCAGCUUAGAGUGUAGCCCCUUUAUCUUGUUGAUGAGAUUUGGAAAUGAUUGAAUUUUGUAUUGAAUAAAUAAUUUUGAAAUUUUGUUAUAUAGUUUCCAUCA